AUGAGGAUUGCAUUCACAGCAUAUGCUGCGGCCGCAGUACCGUACCUUUUCAACACAGCCGAGGCAUCCAUCACCAAGGAGAUCAACACUUCGCCACUCCAAUUCAAAAGAGACAGCAACAACAAUGGAUUCGUCAAGUUGGACUUCAACGUCCGCAGAGGCUCGUCUCGUUCUGAUGUCUCACCCACCCAAGACUCUUUGCCACGCUUGGUCAAGAGAGCUGACCCAGAUGGAUCGUUUGAAAUGGAACUCUCGAAUCAACAAACUUUUUACAUGGCAGAAUUGAAAAUAGGAUCCAACCAAGACAAGAACCAGGUACUUGUUGAUACUGGCUCAUCUGACUUGUGGGUCAUGUCGCAUGAUUUAAAUUGCAUUUCAUCCCUGAGCAGCAGCAGCAGCAGCAGCAAAAAGAAGAAGAAGAAGAGAGACGCCAAAAACGUAUUCAAUCUCGGAACUGGUAUCAAAUUGUCUUUGGAAGAUGAAGAAGAAGAAGAAGAAGCAAACCAAGUUCAAAAAAGACAACCAAAGAAUGUGUUCAACUUUGGAACCGGAGUCACAUUGCCCUCAGAGGAUGAAUUAGAUGAAGUACAAAAGAGAGCAGAAGAGAAUGACAACGAAAAAGAUAAAGAGAAGGACCAAGUUGUAGCUGCAGCUGCUGCUACAACAAUAAAGAAAAAGAGUACAACUCCAACCAAGGUUGUAAAAGACUCCAAUGGUGAAUACUACACAACCAUAUACUACACGGGAACUGCAAUCCCUUCAUCCUACGCUUCAUUGUUACCAGACGGAGGUGGCGGUGGUGGAAUUGGUGGUGGUAGUGGUGGCAGUGGCGGCAGCAGCAGCAGCAGUGCUGGCUCAUCGGGAGGAAGCGGUGGGUCCAACACUUGUACUUCUUACGGGUCGUUCAAUACUGAAAACUCUGACACGUGGAUCCAAAACAAUACUGAUGCCUUUUUGAUCCAAUACGCCGACGGUACACAUGCCUUGGGUGUUUGGGGUAUGGAUACGGUUGAGAUUGGAGAUGUCUCAGUCAACAAUGUUUCUUUUGCCGUGGCAAACGAGACCUCUUCAGAUGUUGGUGUGUUUGGGCUUGGAUUGCCAAUGUUGGAAACCACAACCCAAUAUGGAUACACUUAUGAGAAUUUCCCCAUAAAACUCAAGAAUGCUGGUGUUAUUGACCGCGUUGUUUUCUCUUUGUACUUGGCCCAACAAUCCGACUCGACAGGAAGCGUUUUAUUUGGCGCUGUGGACCAUGCCAAAUACGAAGGGUCCUUGGUUUCUUUACCAAUGUUGCGUACCUACCAGCAAAUCUCAGUUCCUGUUAGAUUUGAAGUCGAAUUGCAAGGAAUCUCAUUUAAUAGCAGUGGUGACUCCACUAGUAUACUGGACGAAUCCAUAGGAGUUGUUCUUGACUCAGGUUCAACAUUAUCCUACAUCCGCUCCAGUGAAAUUGAAUCUAUUGCAAAACAAUUGAGUGGUAGAUACUCAAGUUCAAGUGGUGUUUAUAUCGUCAGUUGCGACUAUCUCGACUCCGACAAUACAUUGGACUUGGAUUUCGGUAAUGUCACUAUAAGAGUCCCCAUUUCAGAUUUGGUUUUGCAAGCAACACGCUCACAAUGCUACUUGGGAUUAUUUGAGCAAAGCUCUUCUUCUUCAUACAUUUUGUUUGGUGACAAUAUCUUGAGAUCCGCUUACAUUGUUUACGAUUUGGAGAAUUACGAAAUUAGCUUGGCACAAGCCUACUACACUAAUAGUGAGGAUGUCGAGGUUAUCACCAGUAACGUUCCUUUAUCUGGCGGACAUAACUCAUCAAGCCUUAGUGGUGGUAGUAGUAGUAGUGGCAGCAGCAGCUCAGACAGUUCUUCGUCAAACAAAAAAAAUAUAAGUUCUAGUUCGAGAGCAUCGGUUUCAGGAAUGGCAAUGGGCUUAUUAGCAGCCCUAUUCUUUAUGUUGUAG